AUGUACGCGGUGGGGGCGCGCAUCUGGGUGAAGGAUGAGGAGGAGGCGUUUGUGGAGGCGGUGGUGACGGCAGUGGAUGGCGACGCUAUCGAGGCAGACGUGAUCGGGCGCAAGGGGCCUCUGGCUAAGGCGCACCUGAAGGCGUCAGAAUGCCACCACAAGGAGGAGGACCUGGGGCUGGUGGACGACAUGACCAAGCUCGCCCACCUGCACGAGCCUGGCGUGCUGCACAAUCUCGCCACGCGCUACCAAAAGAACCUCAUCUACACGUACACGGGAAGCAUCCUGAUAGCGGUGAACCCGUUUGUGCGUCUGCCAGCGCUGUACCACCCGAUUAUGAAGCUGCAGUACCGCGGGGCACAGCUGGGCGAGCUGGGACCACACGUCUUCGCCAUUGCCGACCAUGCCUACAGGUCGAUGCUGGAUACGGGGCAGAGCCAGUCGGUGCUGAUCAGUGGGGAGAGCGGGGCGGGCAAGACAGAGACAACGAAGCUGGUCAUGGAGUAUCUGGCGGGUCUGGGGGACACGGGCCACGACAACAGCAAGGGCGCGCCCAAGAAUGAGGCCAUGAUUGCCUCUCAGCUCUGCGUGUCCCGAGUGCUUGAGUCCAACCAAUUGUUGGAGUCCUUUGGGAAUGCCAAGACAGUGCGCAACAACAACUCCAGUCGCUUUGGCAAGUUCAUAGAGAUCCAGUUCGAUGCAGAUGGGUGUGUGUCGGGUGCAGCCAUCCGCUCGUACCUGCUAGAGCGGUCCAGAGUGGUGCAGAUCAGUGACCCUGAGCGCUCCUACCACUGCUUCUACCAGCUCAUCUAUGGAGCCACGCCUGAGGAAGCCGAACUUUUCAAGCUACCCACGACAGGCGAGCGAGGCAAGCAGUUCCGGUACUUGAACCAGAGCGAGUGUUUCGAGCUGCCCGACAGCUGCAGCAACGCGGAGGAGUACCGCAAGACACGGCACGCCAUGCAAGUCAUGGGGUUCACCCUCGAGGAGCAGAUGGGCAUUCUGCGGCUGCUAGCGGCCAUUCUGCACCUGGGCAACGUGCUGUUCCAAGAGGGCGACGAACCCCCACCGCAACUGGCAGGGGAGCAGUCAGACUUCCACCUCACCACCGUGGCUGAACUCCUGGGCGUGCCCAAGGAGCCGCUGCUAGAGUCGCUGGUGACAUACACACGCAAGGUGGGCCGCGAGGUGUUCAAGAGCCCGCUCAAGGCACAGGCCGCCGCUGCCAAGCGCGACACACUCGCCAAAACACUCUACUCCAAGCUCUUUGACUGGAUCGUGGCAAAGGUGAAUGAGAGCAUAGGGCAGGACCCCACGUCCACCAUGCUCAUCGGCGUGCUCGAUAUCUACGGCUUCGAGCACUUCAAGACCAACAGCUUCGAGCAGUUCUGUAUCAACCUCGCCAACGAGAAGCUUCAGCAGCACUUCAAUGCUCAUGUGUUGAAGAUGGAGCAGGAGGAGUACACACGGGAGCAGAUCGACUGGAGCUACGUGGACUUCACAGACAACGAGGACGUGCUGGAGCUCAUUGAAGGGAAGCAAGGCAUUCUCAGCACACUGGACUCCACUUGCAAGACGCCCAACUCCACGCCAGAGACUUUCAGUCGCACACUGUACAAGCAGUACGAGGCACACGAGCGCUUCCUCUUUGGCAAGAUGUCCAAAACGGACUUCACCAUUCACCAUUACGCUGGACAGGUGAAGUACCUAACGGACGAGUUCCUGGUGAAGAACAUGGAUGCAGUGGUGCCGGAGCACGAGUCGCUGCUGGGCCACUCCGACCACGCCUACAUAGCCCAGCUCUUCCCCCUCGACGCCGAGGCCAGCAAGGCCGCCUUCAACUCCCUCGGAAAGAGGUUCAAGGAGCAACUGGCAGCGCUGAUGCGCACGCUCAACAGCACAGCACCGCACUACAUUCGGUGUGUGAAGCCCAAUAGCACACUCAAGCCGGGGGUCUUCACACGCACUCUGGUCAUGGAGCAGCUGCGAUCUGGGGGUGUGUUGGAGGCAGUGCGAGUGUGCUCCAAGGGCUACCCCACGCGGCGCUCCUUUGAGGACUUCAUUGACAGAUUCGCCUUCCUCGUGCCCUCCGAACUCUACGACGAGGCGGAGGAUGAUGAGCUGGUGCGGGCGAUCAUGAAGGAGGCUGGCAUUCAAGGAUACCAGAUCGGGCUGACCAAGGUGUUUCUGAGGGCGGGGCAGAUGGUGGUGCUGGAGACGAUGCGGCUGAACCGCAUGGCGGAGGCAGCGCGCACCAUUCAGAAGUACUUCCGGGCCUACCUCUUCCGCCUGCACCGCAAGCGGGCUGCCCUCACCAUCCAGAACCACUGGCGAGGCUACAAGGCACGGGAGCAGCUGCGGGAGCUGCGGGAGUUCAAGGCGGCGCAGACGAUUCAGAAGUACACGCGGCGAUGGAUUCACCGGCGCCGCUUCCUGGACAUGCGCGAGGCGCAGAUCCGCAUCGCUGCCCACGUGCGCAUGCACCAGGCGCGCACGCACUACAUCUUCACCCGCCGCACCCUCGCAGCUACCAAGAUACAGGCGGCAGCAAGGGCGGCACUGCUGGCGCCCCCCCGCACCAAGGUGGAGGCUUCCCUGGAGCAGCUGCGCCUCAAAGUGCUGCGCUUGAUGAAGACCAAGGAGGAGAAGAAGCGGAAGGAGCUACAGGAGCAGCUGGACAUCGCCCUGAAGGAGGUAGAAGCCAAGGCGAAGGAGAACGCACAGCUCACCCAACGCCUCAAGGAGGAAACAGCCCGCGCACACCGCGCAGAGGAGGAGCUCCGGUCGCUCAUCGGCCACCCCGACUACCCCGCUGCUGCUGGCGGUGCCGGUGGUGGUGGUGGUGGUGCCGCCUCCCACCACCACCAGUCCGGCCUGCCGCAUGCGCUUUCGAGAGGCGGGGUUAUGCACUCGCCCGGUGUUGGGCGCCGGUUUGCCAAGGGCGCGUCGCUGGAGGCGGAGAGGACGGGGGGAAGGGACGGGAGGGGCGUGUGGGGAGCGGAUGUUGCUGCGGCGGCCGCAGCUUCUGUUGCAGGGGUGGAGGAGGGGGGCGCGAGAGGGGAAGGGAGCGGGUCGGAGCUGGAAAUAUCAACAACUCGGGCUUCAGGACUGGGGUUUGCUGCUAGGAUGAGGUCACCGCGAGUGGGCGGCUUUGAUAUGCCGGGAUUCGGGGGGUCUGCGAGCGUGGGAGGAGCGGAGGGGAGGGGGCCGGUACAACGGUCGAAAGCGUGGGCGAGAGUGAAGGCACGGAAGGGCGAGGUGCUGCAGAUGAGUGAUGAUCCGGACAUGGCAACUGCUGCUGCGGUUUCCUCUGCUAUGGGUGCACCGAACGCAGCGUGGGGGAAGAUGUUUAUCCAGAUUGCACGGCUGAAUGAGGAGUUGGAGAAGUUGAAGGAGGAGAAGGCGGGGGUGGAAGAGAAGGUGAAGGAGGAGCGGCUGCGGAUGGAGGGGAUGGAGCGGAAGGUGGAGGCGUAUGAGGGCACGCUGCAGUCCCAGGAGAGCCUGAUCAAGGAGAUGCAGGGGAAGAUGAAAGAGCUGCAGGAGAAGCUGAAGAACAAGGACGAGGAGGUGCGGGAGCUUUCCUGGAAGCUUCUCGACGAAAGCAUCGAAGGGAGGAGCGGGGGUGGGGGGCAGGGAGGAGGAGGCGAGGCAGGGGCAGCAGGAGGGGAGGAGGAGGUAUUGAGCCGGCCAAUUGCAGGAGGGGGCCUGCAGAUCGCUGUACCUUCAUCGCCUCGCAUCUCACUCCCACCCAUGUCCUCCCAUGGGCCUCCAGUGUCGCCCAACAAGCUUAAAGCCCAGCUUGAGGACCGGCUGCUGACGCUGGCAACGACCAACAUGUACGGCUUCUCAGAGCACGGCCACCCCAUCGCCAUGUGCACGCUCUACAAGGCGCUGGACCACUGGAAGACCUUCGAGGCCGCGCGCACCAACACGUUCGACCGCAUUAUAGAGGCUCUGCAGCUCGCCACGCACACUGGGAGUUUGCAGAUGCUCGGGUACUGGCUGAGCAACACGGCCACUCUGCUGUGCCUGCUUGAGACGACGCAUACGAAGCGCGUGCAGCUUCGGCAGCAGAGCGGAGGCGGCAGCGGGUGGUUUGCGUGGGGCGGCGAAGGGGCGGCGUCAUCAGACAGCAAGUCCGCAGUGGAUCUGACGCUGUUCAAGACGCAGCUGCGGCUGGCAACGGAGCGCAUCUAUGUGACGGUGCGCGACUCCAUCAACAACGAGCUGCAGGGCCACUUCGGCAGCGGCCACCUCGUCGGCCAGACCCCCCGCAAGGCAUCAGCCACCCCAACCCCCCGGUCCCGGCGCUCUCGUGGGGGCUCCUCAGGGGGCGACCGGUCGUCCCUGCCGCGCUCGGCAGGCAGCAUGCGGCGGCAGAUGCUGGACUACUGGGGGAACGUGCUGGAGACCGUGGGGCACAUGGUGGCUGCACUGGAGGAUAACCAUGUGCCGGUGUUCCUCAUUCAGCACGUGCUCAGGCAGCUUCUGUCUUAUGUGGACCUACGGGUGUUUAACAGCCUCAUGGUGCGCAGCCAGUGGUGCCCGUGCAACUUCAGCAAUGGGGAGACAAUAGAGGAGGGCAUGGGAAAGCUGGACCGCUGGCUCACAGACCUGGAGAUGAGCCAUGCCAAGCGCGCUCAGGGGGGGCUACCGGGGCUGAAGGAUAGCCUGUGCCAUGUCCGGCAGGCCGCUCUGCUGCUGACGAUGAAGAACAAGCACAGGGCAACGGUGGACGACGUGAGGAAGCUGUGCCCGGACCUGAACGGCAAGCAGCUGGGCAAGAUCUGCCUCUGGUACCAGGACGAGAAGUACGGCACCCUGGGCUUCGACCCCGAUGUGAACUACGAACUCAGUGAUUUGGCGGACGAUGACGAUGCUGAGAUGCUCAAGGAUGACGAGAGUGUGCCCUUCGCCAUCACGGACCUUGUAGCAUCCAUGGGCGAGAUCAACCUGGACGAGGUGCCUCUGCCGCCCGAGCUUCGUCGCGACCCGUACUUCCGCUUCCUGCAGCCCACUCCUGCCACCGAGCCCCAGCAGCCGCCCAAAGUCCCCACCACUAAGAGCGUCACGCUCCCCACGCCCACCAGAAGCUUCUGGGGCUGA